AUGUCAAAGCUCAUUCUCAUCCUCACCGCACAAAUCCUCCUCCUCACCGCAACCGCCUUAGCCGGAAAAAACGGUGAAGACUUCGCAAGAACAAUAAACCGAAAACACCUCGGCCUCGGCAAAAAAGAGAAACUCACACAUCUCCGUGUCUAUUGGCACGACAUUGUAACUGGUCGAAACCCAAGUUCCAUCAGGAUCCAAGGGCCGGUUGCAAAAUACUCAAGUUCCUCAUAUUUCGGAUCAAUCACCAUGAUAGACAACGCUUUAACAUUAGAUGUGCCCAUUAACUCGACUGUGGUGGGUCAAGCCCAAGGGAUGUACGUUGGAGCAGCCCAAAAGGAGAUAGGGUUGUUGAUGGCGAUGAACUUGGCUUUUAAGACUGGGAAGUACAACGGGAGUACCAUAACGAUUCUUGGUCGGAACACGGUGAUGUCCAAGGUUAGGGAAAUGCCGGUGGUUGGAGGCAGUGGAAUGUUCCGGUUUGCUAGAGGUUAUGUCGAAGCACGGACCAAGUUGUUCGAUAUGAAGACUGGUGAUGCUACUGUUGAGUCUAACUGUUAUAUCUUGCAUUACUGA